AUGGGUAGCUCGUUGUCUAUUGGAUCCAUUGAGCCACAGAUGAAUUUUGAGAUCAAAAACUUCGAAUUAGAGCAAAGAGUCGAUGAGUUGUAUCUCGAAAAGUCAGUAUCACCUUUGUCUCUGACCAAUAUGCCAGAUGUCGUGAUGAGUGAAAUUUUAGGAAAGUUGGAUAUCCGUUCAGUACAAAUCCUGAGGAAAGUGUGCCACAGUCUACGAAUUUUCAUCGAUGAUACGCGAAGAAAUGGAGAAAUCUCUAGUAUAAAACUCAUUUCGAAUCCUAACUCGAUUAAUGUAGUCUAUGAUGGAAAAUAUGAAGUAAUCUACCGAAAACAAGAAGUUGGAUGUCUAGUGGAGCACCAGAGAAGAGCAAAAUUAUUCAGGAAGGAGACAUGUUUUGAAAUGCUUUUGGGAGACUUAAAUCUGAUUUUGGGAGCUCAAAAAACUCUGCUGAAGAUGUUGGGAAUCUACUUGAGGGAACCAUCAACUCCGUUCCUUCCAUUUUGGAAGACGUUCCUAGAAUCGAUGCCCCGCCCACUUUCAGUAGAAACUCUCCAAAUAGAAGUGGGAAAGCAAUCGGAAGUUAUGGAUGUUUUGCCAUAUUUGGAGUACAAGAAGCUCAAAAAUAUUCGAAUUUAUGCUUCGAGUGGGAGAAAUGAAAUGAUGGAAAUUAAUAGAAUCGUAGAAUUAGAUCAGUGGAAAAUGGCUGAAAAAGUGACACUCGAAAGAUGGAUUCAUAGAAAACAUUUUGUUGAUUUUGGGCAUUUGAAGGAGGUUUUACUCUCGACGUAUAAGAUCAAUUCUGAAGAAUUGAUAGAACUAAAAGAGAUGUUCCUCAACUCGUCGACUCUCCAACAAUUCCUCUUCCCAUACCUUGAUCUACACGAUGAUCAAAACUUUCUUCACAAGAAGAAUCGAUAUUUUCGAAUGAAGAACUCAGAUUCAGAUGUUCUGAAUGUUCGACAUAUUCCAACGAACAAGAUUAUCAAUUUCAAUCGAUUGAAAAUUUCUGAAGUUCCGAAAGAUAAAAUUAUUGAAUUCUGA